AUGGGUCUGGGCAAAGUUGCUGUCCGCAUACGCGGCGCUGAGUGCGGUAUUGAAGCCAUCAUUCUCGGAGUGAUCACUUCGAUAGGUGGUUUUCUGUUCGGUUACGACACGGGUCAAAUCUCUGGAAUGCUCAUCUUCGAUGACUUUAUCCAGCGAUUUGGACAGGACCAGGGCAAUGGCGAGAAGGCAUUUGACCCCAUGAUUCAGUCCUUGCUCGUAUCCCUUAUGUCUAUCGGUACUCUCGUCGGAGCCCUCGCUGGUGCCUACACUGCUGAUUGGUUCGGUCGUCGACGCAAUCUGUCCGUUGGUGUGCUCAUAUUCGUCAUUGGCAACAUCAUUCAGGUCACUGCAAUGAGCACCUGGGUACACAUGACAAUCGGCCGUAUUGUCGCUGGUCUCGGUGUCGGUAUUCUGUCCAUUGGUGUACCGAUGUACCAAUCCGAAGUCUGCCCCCGAGAGAUCCGUGGUGCCGUCGUCGCAUCUUAUCAACUCAUGAUCACUGUUGGAAUUCUCAUCUCCAACAUCAUCAACUACGGUGUCCGCGACAACCCAGGAGAAACCAGCGAUGCCUCCUGGAGGAUCGUAAUUGGCUUGGGAAUCGGCUUUUCCAUUCCUCUUGGACUCGGUGUACUCUUCACUCCAGAAUCUCCGAGAUGGCUGGCGGGUAAAGGACGAUGGGAAGAGGCACGAAUGGCCAUGGCUCGUCUCCGAGGUCUGGUCCAUGACCCUAAUCACGAGCUGGUCAACUCAGAUUUCAAAGAGAUGGAGGAUUCCAUCAACGAGCAACAGAGCGCUGGACAAGGUACUUGGAUGGAAUGCUUCACUGGCCAGCCAUCCGGCAUCCCGCGUCUUGCGUACCGUACCCUUCUCGGAUGCGCUAUCCAAUUCUUCCAGCAGUGGACUGGUGUUAACUAUUUCUUCUACUAUGGAGCGACUAUCUUCCAAUCUGCAGGGAUUGACGAUCCUCUCCAGGUUCAACUGAUUCUUGGCGCUGUCAAUGUAGUCAUGACGAUUCCUGGAUUGUGGCUCAUUGAGCGAGUUGGUCGCCGUGUGCCUCUCGUUGUCGGCGGUCUCUGGCAAGCCACAUGGUUGCUUAUUUUCGCUAUCAUCGGUGUCGUGCUACCGCCACAAGACAACCCGGCCGCUGGUAUCGUCAUGAUCGUCGCUGCUUGCAUGUUCAUCGCAAGUUUUGCCUCCACCUGGGGGCCUUUCAUUUGGGUUAUUAUCGGAGAGACGUUCCCACUUCGCACUCGUGCGAAGCAAGCCUCCUUGGCUACUGCAUUUAACUGGCUCGGUAACUUCUUGAUCGGUUUCCUUACACCAUUAGCUGAUGACGGUAUCGGUUACGCCUUCGGCUUCGUGUUCUUCGCAUGCAACUUCGUUGCUGCGGGUGUCGUUUACUUCUUCGUCUUCGAGACCAAGUCCUUGUCUCUUGAGAACGUCGAUAUCAUGUACUCAGACCCAAGCAUGUCGGCUAGGACCAGUAAAAAGUGGGUCCCAGCUGGAUACAUCAGCCGUAACGAGCGUGACGACCCAUACUGGGAGCGACGUCACAGUGCUGUUGGUGCCACUGGCGCUGCUGCAUCUGAGAAGGUCGGCGACAAGGACGUUGACACUUCGCCUGAAAGAGGCAUGUCAACACACCACGAGAGGGUUUAA